AUGCCAUGUUGGUACUACGAAAAGGAGGAACUCAUCCGUACACCCUCUUUUUUGGAUGGAGUUGACCAGGAAACCGAAACUCGCUACCGAAGAGAAGGUGCACGGUUUAUUCUCGAUCUUAGUAACAGGCUGCACCUUCGAUACGAUACGUGGGCCACGGCAAUCGUAUUUUUUCACCGCUUUUACAUGUGUCAUUCUUUCAAGGCCUUUCCGCGUCAUUUAACUGCUGCGUGUUGCCUGAUGCUCGCAGGAAAAGUUGAGGAAACUCCCAAGAAAUGUCGUGAUAUAAUUCGCACUGCUCGGGAACUGCUGCCACCCGAGAUUUUUGCAACGUUCGGCAGUGACCCUAGAGUAAAAAUGAUGAUGUAUGAGCGAGUCUUGCUGAAGACGAUCAAAUUUGAUCUCCAGGUUUCCCAUCCCUACACUUUUCUUCUGCAGUACGCUAAACGAUUGAAAGGCGACUCGGAGAAGAUCAAGGAGAUUGUCCAGAUGGCCUGGUCGUUCAUAAACGACAGCCUCGAGACCACGCUCUGCCUGCAAUGGGAGCCGGAAAUUGUCGCCUGCGCCGUGCUCUACCUCGCAACGCGCAUGAAGACCUGGCCGUGCUGGUGGGAGUGUUUCGUCGAGGGCAUGUCUGUCGAGGAUAUAUGUCACAAGAUCUUGGAUAUUUACUCGGACGGUUCGAAGGGCAGCGCGAACGAGACCGCGACAGUCCAGCCCAAAACAGGCUCAAAGCGGCCUUCUGCUGUCCUGUCUUCAACGUCCUCGCCUCGGCAACGCCAGUCUCCACCCCCACCUCCUCCAGUCCCACAAAAGAAGAUGGCUGAGGGUUAG